AUCCUGAAUCAUCCAUUAAAGCAUUUUUACCACCUUCGGAUACCAACCAUAUAUCCUAGCAACCAGUGACCAAUCAGAAUGUGGUUUCUGUGACGACAUGUAAAAUGAUUGACAUCUGACUUUUGCUCUAGCAUGGACUGCCAUUUUGAAUAAAAUUAAACCAGAGAGAUAUGAAGGCAGCUUGAUACAGAUUUUAGUUUAUGUUUUUGUCGGGAGAAUCAAGAUUUGCAUUCAUGUUUUUGAAUAAAUGCCAGCCGUCCUGAAGCUAUGGCUGGAAGAUAUCAGAAAGGAAAUGCUGACAAUAAGAAGAAGAUGCCAGCCAAUGUGGGAGAAUCAUCAGAGAAAAAGAAACCACCCGUCUCACAAAACACAACCCCUCCUCCAGAUGUCACUCCUAGUGCCAAGACAAGCCAGCCUGUUGUCCCUAGUGCCAGUGACAUGCCACGCCCAGUUGUUGUAGCAACAAAUGUUAUCAGGACACGGUCAGCGCUGACUGGCAGGACCCCCAGUCCGGCGCUGGGAAGGAAAAGUUUUGCGUUCACAAAGAAGCGUCAGUUGUCAGAGGGCAGCACCAGCUCUGGGGCAGGGGAAGCAGAGGCUGGGGUAUACCAUGUGGGCCCUCUAAACCCUCCCCCCAAGAGGGUGAAAAGGAGCAAGAAGGAGGGUGAAGAAGAGGACACAGAAAAUGACAUGUACUGCUGGUUGUGCCACAAGGAGGGUAACGUAAUCUGUUGUGAGCUGUGUCCCAGAGUUUACCACUUCAAGUGUCUUAAUAUAGAGGUGGAGCCUGAUGGGGACUGGGUCUGUCCUGAGUGUGAGAGGACAAUGCGAGCAGAAUGCACAGACACGCGAUCACGUGCAAUGUCGUUAUUGAGCAUGGAGCAGUUGUGUACGCUGCUGAAGUUUGCACUACAGAGGAUGAAACACUCCGGAAGUGAGCCCUUCCAGAAGCCUGUGGACAUGACACAAGUGCCGAAUUACAAAGACUACAUCUUUUAUCCUAUGGAUCUUAGCACCAUGGAGAAGAACAUCAAGAAGAAGAUGUAUGGCUGUACGGAGGCUUUCCUAGCUGAGGCCAGAUGGAUUCUUCAUAACUGUAUCAUAUUUAAUGGAACCCACCAUAAAUUAACUGCCAGUGCCAAAAUGAUAGUGAAGAUAUGCAAGCAUGAGAUGAGUGAGAUCGAGGUGUGUCCAGACUGCUACACAAACUCCUGUACCAAGAGGAGCGACAACUGGUUUUGUCAGCCAUGUCGUACCCCCCACCCUCUGGUUUGGGCCAAACUGAAAGGUUACCCCUUCUGGCCCGCCAAGGCGCUCAGGGAGGUGGACGGACAGGUGGACGUGAGGUUCUUUGGGGCCCAUGACAGAGCCUGGGUACCUGUGUCGCAAUUAUUCAUGUUGUCCAAGGAAGUGCCGACAGCUGUAAAGAACAAAAAAGGAGGGUUCGAUGAAUCCAUGGAAGAGAUCGAAAUACAUAUUCAGAAAAUCAGAGAGAAGUUUGGCAGCUUUGAGUAUGCCCCUUUCAGGACCCCAUAUGACAAGAACAACAUGUAUUACCACAACAAACUCCACGUAAGUCCUACUGGGGAAAUCCCGAGUAAGCGCCUGAAGCUGGUCAAGAUAAGAGAUCGCCCUGUGGAGGCACUGUCUAAAGUGGGUGUAGAUGCAGACCAGGAUGACAAAGAUGCUAAAGAAUCCGAACUAAAGAACAAAGUCAAAUCUGAAGCUGCUGAAAAUAUAUCCGAUGAGUCAGCAGAUUUCAAAUUGAGACCAAGGGUCACUGAGGGGUCAGUGAGUGCAACACCAGAGUCCGCCACUGGUCUUGGUGACAAUACAAAGUCAGAUGAUAGCUCAGAUGCAAAUACUCCAGGUAUAUCGCAGUUGAAAACUCAACCAAGACGCCUGAUUGGUUCAGAUUUGGGCUCGAUGGACAAAAAAGAUGCUGAAAAGUCAUCUGCUGUGAAGGCAGCAACUGCACUGAAAAAUAAAUACAGUAGUAUUAUAACAACUCGGAGAGGCGCAGCAAAACAUGGCAAUCGUCCAUCAGAUGGUCUUAAUUUGUCACCAAACUCUGAUAAAUCAGGUGACAGUCCGGAGACUUCAAACUCCAGUGCUGCACCCUAUGGUGUGUUCACAAUAAGUGACGAUGCCAUACCGAAGGAUAUGUGUAACUUUGAUAUUAAGAUUCCUCGUUUGGACAUAAGUGCUGUCCCAAAGACAGAUAGUGAUGUGCUGAAAAAGAUACAGAGUGCAAUAGAGAAAAUGAACGAGGUUGAAGAAACAGCAGAGACUACUUUACAAGAGAGCGAGAAUUUGAAAAAAGAAAACAAUGAAAAUUCUGAAAAGAUGGAAGUGAAUAAAACCUCUGAAGAUUCCCAUGAAAGAGAUAAAGAUAAUACUGAAGAGGUUACAGAGGAAAAAAGAGGUGAUAUAACAGAAGAAAUGGACAUAGAUUUAGAUUUAUCUGAUGUCUCAGCACAAAUAACCCCAGGUGGCACUCCAACCAAGAAGAGUUUUUUUGACACUCUUCAGAAGACGAUUGAAUCUUGUAAAGCUAAACUGGGCAUUGUUGGGGAGGAGGAUUCUAAGGUCAGUGGAGAUGAAGAGGAGGAAGAGGAUGAAGAGGAGGAGGAAGAAAGCAGACAUAGCAGCGAUAGUUCUGACAAUGAAUCCUCAUCUGAAGGAGAGGAAGAGAAAGUGGAACAAAAUGAAAAUGAUGACAAUGUGAAGGAAAGCAAUAAAACUGGGGACCAAAAAUCAAUUGGGGAAGCUGCUCAGCAGACGACAGAAGAAUCAAAAACAGAAGUGGCUUCAUCUGGUCCUGCUUCUAUGCCAGCUGAGGCUACAGGUAUCAGCAGCAGUACAGACAAUGAUAAAAAGGAAAAGCCUAUGGUGCAAGAUGCCUGCCCAUCAAUUUCAGCAGACGACACAACAUCACAGGAUGUUACAGAAGGAAGUACUGGGAAUGCUGGGAAAGAAAAGACUGAACCAAGCAAAAAUGAUAGCAAUGGAAAUAUUGAACUGAAUAAAGAGGCCAAAAGUGAUCAUGAAGGAAGAACUGAACCAAAUAAAGAGACAGCAGAAGAGAAAAUGGAGACGGGAUGUUCUCAGUCAGACGAGGGAGAUGACAGUGACCGUUUGGUCAUUGAUGUUGACCGCUGCAGUCCAACGACCAUUGCUUCCAAAAAGGGGGAGAAAUCUCAGAGCCAGAAACUGCAGGAGAGUGCAGAGGAAGGAGGAAACGAACACAAUGUUAAAGUCUACAUGGACCUGGUGGGAAAGAUGAAAGAGAAAGAGGAGGAAUGGAGGAAGAGACAGUGGAAGACACAGGCCAAGAAGUUCCAGGAGCAUCUUCAGAAAAAGAAAACACCAGCAGCCCCAGCACCUGCCAAACCAGCUGUGCCGUUAGCCGCCCCUGUUUUGGCAGCUACUCCCAUUACUGUUGCCACCCCCCAACCCCCAGCUUUACAACCCAGUCCACACGUGCAGCAGGCUGCCAUAUCAGCACCAGGAACAUCAGGGGGAGGGAAGACAGCUUCUGGCACACCAGCCAAGUUGUCUACAGGACAAUCAUCUAGUGUGCCAACAUCAGGCGGUGCCCCCUUGGCUGAAAAUAUUACACCGUUUGAUUUUAGCCAGUAUACUGAUCAGAUCAUGAAAUCUGUGCAAGGGACCUUUGAGUCACUGUACAAGGAUCUCCUCAGUCCUAGUGGAGGACAGGGUCUGGCCAAACACUUCCAGCUGGAGCUAGAGAAGGCCAGCUGGAGGCACCAGCAGGAGCUGGCCGAGAUGCAGCAUGUUGCAGACCUUCGGCUGGCAGAAAUGAGAGCCACUGUGGAAAAUGACUGGAGACAAACAGUGGAGAAAGUGAAGAAACAGUGCGAGACAGAAAAACAGAAGGCUGUGGAUGAGACCAAGAAAAAACAGUGGUGUGCCAACUGUGGCAAGGAAGCCAUAUUUUACUGUUGUUGGAACACCAGUUACUGUGACUACCCUUGCCAGCAGACCCACUGGCCCCACCACAUGGCCCAGUGUACACAGACGCAGAUGCAGCCAGUGGGGGACGGCACAACACCCAAGGUCACUCAAGGUCAAAGGUCAUCGCAAGGUCAAACUGAAUCGGAACAGGUAUGGAGGAAAGAGGCCCUUCAGAAGCGUCGUGAGGCAGAGUCUGUUCCACAGCAGACGACCUUUGUCUCCAGCAGUCCUGUACAGCAGCUCCAGAACACAGUCAUUAACAUACAGCCAUCUGCUGCUCAAACACAGAUCACCAGUUCAGUCCAGCAGCCAUUACAGAUACAGUAUGUCCAGUCUCUUGCUUCAAACCAGCAACAACAACAACCACAACAGCAGCAGUUACAACAUCAGCAACAGCAACAGCCAAUUAUUGUAACUGCUCACAGCAUACCAUCGUUUAAAACUUCCCCUCAACAGGCACAGUUAGGAGGAGUAAGGCAGGUGCAGUAUCCAGGUCAAGGUCAGGGCAUGCCAGCAAGGGUCAACCAAUCACAGCCUUCAGUACAUCCAUACAUGCCUACACUCCGCAUGCAGCACCAUGGUAACACCAUGGGGGGUAGUAUGAAUGGUGGGACAUCCCAGGGCUCUAGGCCAGUCCCAGGCAGAAUGUUCACCAAUAGGAAUUAUACUUCUAGACCAUAUUGAGGCUUAGGGAGGGUUUGGUGAGGAGUGACACCCCUGGGAGAAAAUACACAUGUAAAGCCACAUGUGGAGUAUUCACCAAUAGGAAUUACUCUCUUAUGCCUACUCUCAUUACAGAGGUUUACACAUUCUGGCAGAGUUCCACUUCUGUAAAACAAACGUGUAGCAAUCUGUGCUCCUGUAAACAGAAACUGUGCCUCUACACCAAAUUCAGCUUCUUUAUAAAAGCUUAGACCGCAUUCUCAAUGAAUUGAGCCAGGCUUUACAAAUCCUGAGAACUAAAAAU